AUGAGUUCAUCACAUUCUUCUGAUCUGUACAGCAGAAAAUCGGAGGAAAUCAGGCGUGCCUCAGACGAGAAAAAUUCUGAGCAUGAAGACUCUUCGGACAAUGCAAACUUAGAUGCAGCUUCUCAUCAUUUCCCAGACGACGAGGAUUUUCAAAGGAUUAUUGCACAAAACAGUGUUGGAAUCGAAGAAACGCUAACUCGUUAUGAAUCUACGACACAGGGGCUAGGUCCGCCGGAACCUGCAUUAGAUUUCGAAAAAGUGGAGAGCCAUCCGGCGUUCGAUUCUACUUACCACAAAGAAGACAAAUGGAAGUAUCCAGUAGACCAAGAGACAAGAAUGAGAAUUGUGGAGUUCAUCAGUGACGAUUUUGAAGAUCCUAGAAAUUGGAGUACUCGUAGUAAAUGGAAUUACACUGUACUUCUAGGCAUCAUUUGCUUUGAUGUCGCAAUGAUGUCUGCCGUCGUUACUGGGGAUCUCGAUGCCCCUGGCCGACACUUUGGAGUUUCAACAGAGGCAAUGUGUCUCACCGUUUCCCUCAUGGUUUGGGGCUUUGGUCUAGGACCCCUUUUAUUUGCACCCCUGUCCGAAGAAACUGGUAGGAAUCCAGUAUACCUCGUAACUUUAUUCAUCGCUGUCAUUUUCAUUAUUCCUUGUGGCGCGGCUCAAAAUUUCGGCACCUUGUUGGCUUUCAGAUUCCUCGAUGGAUUAGCUUUCAGUGCACCUAUGUGUUUGAUUGGUGGGUCUUUGAGUGACAUGUGGAGGAAUGACGAGCGAGGCGUAGCAAUGAGUUUAUUUUCGGCUGCUCCUUUCCUUGGACCUGUAAUGGGACCCAUUGUGGGCUCAUUACUAUCUGUUAAAUGCUCAUGGAGAUGGGUAUACUGGUUCAUGCUGAUUUUAAGCGCUUGCCUGUACGUGGUAUUGGCUAUUUUCCUUCCUGAGACCCACCACCAAACGAUUCUCAAGAAAAGAGCAAGAGCCUUACGCAAACGCACCGGGGAUUCGACAUAUAGAGCCAUUUCUGAAAUUGAAAUCAGGACAUUCAAGAAAAUAGCCGAAGAAACACUUCUACGUCCAAUAGUCUUACUAAAAGAGCUUAUUGUGUUCCUCAUUACCAUGUACAUGGCAGUAAUCUAUGGGCUACUGUACAUGUUCUUCUUUGCAUUUCCGAUGGUUUAUACUGAGGGUAAACAUUUUAGUCCUAUAAAGACUAGCAUUAUGUUCAUCCCAGUAGGAGCUGGCGUCAUUGUUGCGACAGCUAUAUCGCCGUUUCUCAAUAGAGACUACAACAAAAGAGCUCAAAGAUAUCUUAGCCAAGGUGAGAUACCUCCAGCCGAACUCAGACUCAUACCUAUGAUGAUUGGGUGUUGGUUUAUCCCAGUUGGCCUCUUCUGUUUUGCGUGGUCUUCUUUCCCACAUGUUUCUUGGGCAGGGCCUUGCUUUAGCGGGUUCGGCUGUGGCUUUGGCUUUCUCAUGCUUUACAACCCUGCAAACAAUUAUAUUGUGGAUUCAUAUCAGCAUUACGCGGCAUCUGGCCUUGCUGCCAAGACUUUCGUAAGAUCCAUCUGGGGUGGGGCAGUGCCACUUUUCACUAUCCAGAUGUACCAUAAACUGGGUCUCGAAUGGGCCAGCUCUUUAAUGGCGUUUAUAUCACUGGCUUGUUGUGCAAUCCCAUUUCUCUUCUAUUUUUAUGGGGCUCGCAUCAGACAAAGAUCAAAGUACGCUUAUUCACCCAUACUCGAUCCUAACGUUGCACCAGACAUGGAGUCACAUCCUUCUGCACUCAAAUCGGAUGAGUGCACUACGACAGCUUAA